AAGAUAGGCGUGAAGAUAACAUAGGGAACCCAACCAGCGAGCUGUUCUUCGAGCUCUAAAGCCAAAUAUCAAUGGCGCUCAAACUCUAUCCCAACAUCACCUUCAUUCCCUCUCCGCCUCCUCCUCCUCCUCCUCCUCCUCCUCCUCGAUUCCUCUUUCUCCGCUCCAUUAGAGCUCUCAAUGCUCCUCCCUCUUCCCCAUCUCCAUCUCCAUCUCCAUCUCCAUCUCCAUCUCCCCUCUUUCUUCCCCACCUCCAUAUUCAACCCCAUGAAUCUCCCCAACGCGAUCACAAGCUGUUCGAUGAAAUGCCUGAACCAAAAGAGCUACCUAUGACCCCCAACAAUGGCGAAGAAGUUGAAGAAGAUGAAGAAGAUGAAGCCUUUGAUCCCAUUCGCGUCUUCUUCCAGUCCCGUACUUCACCCGUCGCCGACCCCAAGACCGAAGGCCGGCUCUCCUUUCAGCGCAACCGCCGCACCACCUGGCACCUCGCCGACUUUGAUCCCGUCGAAGAAGAGCUACCCCUAAACUCCGAUCCUGAAAUUGAUCCGAGUUCUUCCCCCACAGUAACCAUUUGCGGUGAAAUUUUGCAGCUUGCGAGGAACCUUCCGGAGAACACAACCCUCGGGGAUUCCCUGGGUUCCUAUGCUGGAAAGAUUGGGGAAGGGGAGUGCAUUGAGUUGUUGGGGACUAUGGGAGAGGAGGGAUUGGUUUUGAGCUGUUUGUACUUGUUUGAGUGGAUGAGAUUGCAGGAGCCAUCGCUGGUGACGCCGAGAUCGUAUUCAGUGUUGUUUCCGGUGUUGGGGACUGCUGGGAUGGGUGAAAAGCUGAUGAUUUUGUUUGAGAAUUUGCCGAGACGGAAACUCUUUCAGGAUGUGCAUGUUUACAAUGCUGCAAUCUCCGGCUUGUCAUCCUGUGGGAGGUAUGAUGAUGCAUGGAAAGUUUAUGAAUUAUUGGAAGCCAAUAAUGUCCGGCCGGAUCAUGUGACUUGUUCUAUUUUGAUAACUAUCAUGAGGAAAAGAGGGGAUUGUGCAAAAGAUGCAUGGAAUUUCUUUGAAAGAAUGAACAGGAAAGGUGUCAAAUGGAGUCUUGAAGUAUGUGGUGCUCUUAUAAAGUCUUUCUGUGAUGAGGGGCUGAAAAAGGAAGCGCUCAUUGUACAGUCGGAGAUGGAGAACAAAGGAAUUGCAUCGAACGCUAUUAUAUACAACACAUUGAUGAAUGCCUUCGGCAAAUGCAAUCAGAUCGAGGAGGUGGAAGGCCUCUUUACUGAGAUGAAGAAUAAGGAAAUAAAACCGACCACAGCUACAUAUAAUGUUCUAAUGGAUGCAUAUAGCAGAAGAAUGCAGCCUGAGAUUAUUGAAAAUCUGCUUAUAGAGAUGCAAGAUUCUGGCUUGAAACCAAAUGUUAAGUCAUAUACUUGUCUCAUAAGUGCAUAUGGAAGGCAGAGGAAGAUGAGCGAAAAGGCUGCAGAUGCAUUCUUGAGAAUGAAAAAAGCAGGAAUAAGACCCACAUCGCAUUCGUAUACUGCCCUUAUCCAUGCAUAUUCAGUGAGUAGGUGGCAUGAAAAAGCAUACGCGGCAUUUGAGAAUAUGCAAAGAGAAGGAAUCAAACCCUCCAUUGAGACUUACACAGCUUUGCUUGAUGCAUUUAGACGAGCUGGUGAUACGCAGAUGCUAAUGGAGAUCUGGAAGUCCAUGAUUAGCAACAGAGUUAAAGGAACUAGAGUUACAUUCAAUAUAAUAGUUGAUGGUUUGGCUAAACAUGGUCUUUAUGCUCAAGCUAGAGAUGUGAUCUUCGAGUUUGAAAAGCUCGGCUUGCCGCCAACAGCCAUGACAUAUAAUAUGUUGAUGAAUGCUUAUGCACGAGGCGGACAACAUAACAGAUUACCGCAGUUAUUGAAAGAGAUGGCUGCUGAUGAUUUAAAGCCAGAUUCUGUUACUUAUUCGACUAUGAUAUAUGCAUUUGUUCGUGUCCGUGAUUUUAACAGAGCGUUCUUUUAUCACAAACAAAUGGUGAAGAGUGGUCAAGUGCCUGAUGGUAGAUCUUAUCAAAAGCUGCGUGCUAUUUUAGAGGCGAAAGCAAAAACGAAGAAUAGGAGGGAUAGGAGUGCUAUUCUGGGAAUGAUAAACAGUAAAAUGGGUAUAAAACCCAAGAAGGGCAAGAAGGAUGAGUUUUGGAAGACACGGCGAAGACCGUCCUUGAUAAAUAAGCUAGAUGUUGAUAGAAGAUCAUCUAGCUAGAAUAUUUUUACCAAAAUUAUGUUGAUAUGGAUGUCAUUCAAGGUUAAAGCAGUCAGACUAAUCAAAUGAGAUCCUCACAGAAGAUUAAUCAUCCAUAAACAGUGAUGUACAGUAAAAUUAGUCUUAGAGCAUGCCUACAUUUCUGGUCCAGCUGGCUUUGCGAAAGAUUGGGCACAUUGAUCUAACAACUUAUGAGGUCUGAUGCAUGAAAAAGCUGUGCUGAACCAUAUGUGAAUCUUGAAGAAUGUUUGGGGUUAAUCAGCAAAAGUGCAUUCCAUACAAAAUCAAAUGACAGGAUUUGACUGUAUGGCCAAGAGUCAACAUUCAGAUGAUAAAUUAAGCUGGAAAACAUUGGAAGAGAAAGUAAUUGAUGUUUUCAAAUCACAAGAGGGUUGCCAGAUUCAAGGCCAUGUAUAACUGUUCAGCAGUUCAUUACUGAGUCUUGCAUGCUGUGGUUUGAUUUGCGCCUGUUAAUCUUCUCAUUCCCUUUGAACAUGUCAUUUUGAUAUAAAAUAUGUUUUUACUUAAUCUGCCUUGCAUGUUAUUUAUUCAUCCAUGUAUUUUUCAAGGCAUGUUGUUCCAGACUACAAAAUGAGAGACAAAGUCAACUUAAAAAUAAAGUGUUA